AUGAACAGAUAAGAGAAAUCAGAAAUAGUGUCUGGAUUACGUGCCAUAUUGGAAGAAGUAUCAAAACCUUAUUAAACAAAGAUGCUCAACUUUAAAAAUGAAAAAUGUUUGCGAAUUGAGUACUACAGCUGCAAUGAUUUAAUACAGAGAAUUACUAAGGCAUUUAGAGAAAUUAUGAAUAGCAACCAGGAAUACAAGAAAUUGGAAUCCGUUUUGCAAUAGCAGGAAGCCGACAUUCGAAAUCACAUUAGUUUGGAACAAUAGAUGAAGCUGUACUAGGAUUAGUUGCAAUCCAAAUUAGACGAGGCAUCUCAAGAAAUCAAGAGAUUGCAAUCGGAAAUAUCUCGAUAUAGUACUAAUAUUGUAUAAUAGUGGUUAUCAGAAUCUUAGAAGAGGAAGGAGAAGAGUCAAGAAGCCUCUUUGACCCAAAGGAAUGCAUCACCAAAGAACAAAGAAUCGUUGUCUUAGCAUGGGUACUCCUCACAUAGGAGUUCCUGUGAUGAGUUAUUCAAGAGAUAUAAUAAGUUACUUUAAUAACAAUAAGCCUAAAUAAGCUAACGCUCGAACAAUAUCUAAAUUAGUUAAUACAUGAUGAAAGGAAGAUAAACCUUAGCAGAAAUUUGCAAUAUUCAAUCCAGUAAACCAAGUAGAAGUUAAACAAAACAUAGUAGUAGUGCAAAAAAAGGCAGUUAAAAUAAUUCAAUUAGUUCUGAAACUAUAAGAAAUUUACUCAAAGUUAAAUGA